GGCUUUGGUCUGCACCCUCAUCGCCCUGUCCUACUUCGCCUUCAGGAUGUGCGGGCUGAUGCGUUGGUCGAGGUUCCGUCCAGGCCCGCCCGCUUCCCCGAGGUAGCCCCUGAGCUCCUUCGGGCACACGAGGACGCGGAGAUUGUGCGUUACUCGUUUGGCAAGAAGGGGCAGGUCACGUCCAGGGAGGUCUCGUGGUCCUGGGACGUGGGCUCUGCCCCGACCAGCCUCUCCGUCGCCUUCGGAGAGUGGGCGGCUGCUGCAGAGGGCACCCUGGUCGGCAUCCACGGCAUCGGCCAAGCUGACCUGGCCCGCCAUCUCGGCAGAGGAGAGGGGCCGAGGCUGACCCUCAAGCCGCUCAGCGCCCUUGUCAGGCGCGAAGCCAGGUUCAGGUUCAGCCUCCUCACGCACCGCCUUAGGAGUUGCCUCGACGUGGCCCUCCAGCGGGUGCGCGCGGAGAGCACGGGCCGAUGGCACCCUCGGCAUGCGGACUGGUACGAGCACCAGGCCGAGCUCAGGGCGCAGCUCUUGCUGGAGGCGGCGCAGGAGGCGGACGACUCGGUCGGUCAGGGUCUUCCUGGUGCUGCGCCUGAGCGGUGGAGCGACCUGGUGUACCAGGCGGGCGUCCGCGGCAGUCCUGAGGCAGUUCGGGACCUCCAAGGGCUGCUCUAUGCUUCGCAGCGCCGCGAUGCGGCUCAGAGCGCCCAGGCCUGGCGCAGCUGGGCCCAGACAGCGGUCGAGAAGGGCGGCCGCCUGGCCCACCGCUUCUCGAAGGCGACGCCCCCGCCGACGGUCAGGGAUGCCGACUCGGGCAGGAGGCUUGUGGGUAUGGCAGCGAUUGGCGAACUCACGAGGGUCUGGCAGAAGCUUUGGCUCCAGGACGGGUUUGCCUCGGGCGCAGGGGCCAGCAGCUGGGACGUGGGCGAGUGGCAGUUGCCCCCCAUCUCGCUGGAGCAGCUCCAGGCAGCCUGCAAGCGCUACAGCCCCUCUGUGGGCCUCGGGUGCGACUCCCUGCACCCUCGGCAGAUCCUCCUUCUGCCAGUGGCGCUGCAGCUGCGCAUCCUCGACAUCCUGGCGGCCUACGACGAGGCCCCUGCAUCGAUCCACGGGCAGGCCGCGAGCCUCUUCCUGGACAUCAGCAAGUUCUACGAGCACGUGCGGCACGACGUUCUCUGGGCGAAUGCGGUACGUUUCGGGUUCAACCUCAGGUUGCUGCGCGGCCUCCUCACGUCCUACCAGGCCCCUAGGAUGAUCCUCGCGGCGGGCAUGGCCUCCCCCGCCUUCGGCACUACAGGAACGGUGCUGGCUGGGUGUGCGUGUGCGACAGCAGUUGCGAAGCUCCCAGUUCUGGGAGCCCUCCUGGCAGCGGGGGCGACGAGCCCGUUGGUCACGCCGAGGAAUGUUGUCGACGAUAUUUCUCUCCAGGCGGUCGGCACGGCUCGGCUCGUGAAGCUGCAGAUGGUGGCCGCCAGCUGGGAAGUGGUCCGACAGCUGCGUGAGCAGCACCUCCCACUCAACGAGAGUAAGUCGGUAUUCCUGGCCUCGUCGCCGCAGCUCGCCAAGGAGCUCUCCGAGGCUUGGGCGGAGCAUGGCUUUACCUUCAAGAGGGGACUUCAGGCGAGGAACCUCGGCACCGACGCCAACAUCACUCGUCGUGGAGUUCAUGAAGGAGCUGUGCGUGCGGUCAGCGGCCUUCGCCGAGGACGUAGGCUAGGGGUGCUUCGCUCAGCUGGCGCGGUUACCGAGAUGGUUCAUCGUGCUGGGCCCACCGCGGCGAUGCUGUGGGGGCGCACUGUGACUGGCGUACCUGAUAGGGAGCUGCAUUCGUGGCGCCUGGCGGCGAUUCGCUCAGCUGGGAAGUUCCCUAAGGGCGCCUCGCUCGGGCUGAGACUCAGAGUGGUGGAGGUCAUGAAGUCCACCGAUCUCGACCCGAGCCCCGCGCUGCUUCGUGCCGCGGUGCAGAUGGCGGCCAGUCUCCUCCAGUCGGGGGAGGUCCCGCUGCGCAUGUUCGAGUCGGCCGUGCAGGAGGCAGUGCAGAGGCACGCGGGGGCAGCGGCCCCUUGGGUGCACUGCCGCACGCCGGUGGAUGCCCUGGCCCUCUCGCUCUCCAGGGUUGGCUGGAGGCUUGUUCACGGGGCCCGCCUCGCAACCGACGACGGCCAUCUCCUGGACCUGCGCAUGUUGGGGCCGCGCGAGCUGGGCCUGCUGGCAGCUGCAGGGGCACGGCGCGCGUCGGACAAGUCGGAGCUGGCCCGCCUCGGCCACGGGGCGCUCCCCCAGUCGCCCCUGUUCUGGGAGGCCUUCGCGGAGGUCCUCGGGCCUGGCAGCAAGCUCAGCCACAGGGAGAAAGCGGCGGUGGUGAGCUUCCUUUCCAACGCCCACUGGCCCCAGACCCGUCUGCACUCGGCGGGAGAGAGGGAGCACGCUCGCUGCUGUGCCUGUCAGGCCCCCCGCGGCAGCCUCUGGCACGGGCUGUUCGAGUGUCCUGUCCUUGCGGGGGCCAGGACAGACGCCAUGUCAGUCAUGUGGUGCAAUCGCCCCGCUGACGGUCUUCUCGGGGGGCGGCUCUAUCUGGAUGGGUCGGCGCUCGACCCUGAGCACGAGAGCCUGCGGCGUGCGGGAUGGAGCAUCGUGCAGUGCGACUCCGACGGCAACAUGGAGUGCGCGGUGUACGGCAGCGUGCGCCAGGACCUCUGCCCGUUCCAGACGGCGAAGGACGGCGAGGAUUUCGCGGUCUGGAUGCUGUCUCGCUUCCUGGGCCCGAGCGUUGACGAGCUCCUCAUCGACUGCGCGUCCACGGUCAGCUGCCUCACGUUGGGUAAGAAGUACGCGACGGCAGCCAACAAGCCCAAUGCCCACCUCUGGGAGGGGAUCUACGCGUCGCUAGACGUGGACACGCUCAAGGUGACCAAGGUCGCAGCCCACUGCACCGCCAGAGACGUGAUGGAUGGCAAGAUCACGGAGGCGGACCUCCGUGGCAACGGACAUGCAGACCGCUGGGCCAAGGCGGGGGCGGAGCUCCACCGUACCAGCCCAGCUGCCAGGCGCGAGUUCUUUGGCACGAUGGAGGUGGUGAGGGAGCUCUCGUGCUGGGUGGCGCAAGCCUCCCUCAUCUGGCAGGGGAUCGAGGUCAAGGACUGCGAGGGCCUCCCCGAGGGCAGCGAGCGGGCGGCCGUCUCCUUCGCAGUGCCAGUGGUGGAGGCCGCCAGCUGCCGCCCUCCCGACCCAUGUUCGAGCGACGGGUGGGCUUCGGCGGCGCGCGCUGGUGGCGUCUCCCUCGGGGCGACGGCCUUCGUCGUCGUCGGCCACGUCCUGGCCUACGCCAAGUGCGGGGAGGGAGCCGCCGAGCAGGAGCUGAUGGCGUGCACCCACUGCGGGGCGUACGCGCGGCUGGGCGGGCGCUCAGGUGCGGCGCCCAAGCUCAAGGAGCAGUGCCCAGGGUCGGCUGGGCUUCCCAAGGGCAGGAGAGUCCAGAAGGCGCGCUGGUUGCAGGGGCGGCACCCUGCUGGCACGCCCCACAGCGGCAGCAAGAGGGUCGGAGCGUCUGUGCCCAGCUUGCGCAAGGAGGACGUGGUGCCGAUGGCCGCCAGGGUGCGCUUCCUGGAGUGGCUGGGCGUCCGCCCCGAUGAUGCACCUGGCGGCGUGGCCGCCGACGCCGGCCGAAGGCCCCCCAGCGGCGCGGCGGCAGCAGGUGAGGCGGAGGCUGAGCCCCUGGCGCCUGACUCCUCGGGGGCCUCGAGGGAGGCUUGGCUGAGCGCCUACGGGCUCGACGAAGCGAGCCUCCUUGAGUGGUCAGCCGCAGCAGAGACGGCGCGCGAAGACAG